GAGCUGUGAGUGUGAGAGAGAGUGUGGAGAGUCGCUGUUGAUGCCGAGCCGCAGAUCUAGUGUCACUUCACCGGAUCUCUGCUGCUCUGCGCGCAGCCUGUGGACUGGACUAGUUUAUCUGCGGUGAAGACAAACACAUGAGCGGGGUCCUGCGUGCCGAGAAUUUGGAUUCUAACUGUGUCUGUUUUCCGUGAGAGACCGCCGGGGGACGGAACUUUACAGCCGGUGAGUCAGGGAGGCUGCACCUGGGGGAUAUUUGUACAGGGUGUAUUUGAAGCCAGUUUGUAUUCUCCUCCCAACUCCACUUGUUGAUGGGGCAGUAACAGGCUAUCCCAGAAGUCAUAUCACGGGGGAGAUUCUUAUGCGUAAUUUGGAUAAAACCCUGUCCGACGGCAGGGCGAAGGAAGUUUUACCCUGUGAGGCUUUACUGUGGCAGGUGGUGGCGGUGGUGGUGAUGUUUGGCGACCGGUAACAGCCCUCGGCAUCAGAUCGUAUUACACAAGCUGCUACCAGGUGAGCAGCGGCAUGGGGAACCAGAUGGACAAGCUGUCACAUUUAAGUUACGCAGAAGUUCCCACAGUGGAUCCGAACGGCCUGGACACGGAGGACGGACCGCGGAUCGGCGUCUCUUACAUAUUUUCAAGCGAUGACGACGAGCUGGAGGAUGGCUGCGCGGUCGACGGCACAGAAAAAGACCCGAAUCAGGAAGAGAAACAAUACGAUCGGCGCGAUGAGGUGGAGUGCGCCGUCUACAACAGGGAGGAGUGCAUUUACGAGAAGAGCUUCAAGUCCUCCAGCCUGGAGGUUUACUCCCCGGAGAAUCUACUAAACAAAUGUAAAGCAGGAGACUUGGUGGAGUUUGUGGCUACGGGACAGUACCCGCACUGGGCGGUGUAUGUGGGGGACUUUCAGGUGGUGCACCUGCACAGAGCCGAGGUGAAAAACAGCUUUCUGACAGACGCGAGUCAGGGCAGGAGGUGCAGGAUCGUGAACGACUUGUACAAAUUUAAAGCUCUCGGUCCGGACGUGGUGGUGCAGAACGCGAUGGAGCAGGUGGGCUUAAAGGACCGAGAGCUCAGCUGGAGGAACUCCGAGUGCUUCGCAGCCUGGUGCAGGUACGGCAAGAGGGAGUUCAAAAUGGGUGGGGAGAUACGGAUAGGCAAGCAGCCCUACAGGUUGAAAAUAUUCAUGUCGGACAAGCAUUCGCACGUGUUGGAGUUUCAGAGUUUGGAGGACAUGAUCAUGGAGAAGAGGCGGAACGAUCACCUGGGCAGGACAGCCGUGAUGCGGGAGCUGGCCACUCAUUUCAACAGCGUGGGGGAGACUAAAAGUGAGCCCGGCGCCGACUGAUGCCAGUCCCUCGUUUAAUUUUUUUUUUUUCCCCCCCUAACAUGCUCUUCAAAAGAAUUGCUUUGCAAGUACAGUAGCCUUUACCUGACAUGAACUUGUUACACCCUGCUUAAAAUCUAUAGCAAGCCCUCACUCCUUCAUUUCUAGUUUUUACUUGAAUAUUGUCAUUUUAAUUACACGAGUCCAGAACAUUGUUACUGCCUUAAAGCCACAAUUCUGAACGUCCUCUAAUGCUAAAAUGGCCUUAGCAAUUAUGAAUUCAAUUAUGUGAAAGAAAUGGGAUUGACUGCAUUUAGUUGACGGGGUCUUUGUGGCCCCAGCAGCCUCCUCCUGCUCCACACGCACACACACACACACACACACACGCACACACACACACACACACAAACAUACAAACAGAAUGUAUAGUUUUCUAAAAGCUUUACAACGUCUGUCUUAAACUGUCAUGAUUAUGUAAGUAGAGUGAAUGUUUCUCUAUUCGUAGUGUGUCUUGUUACUUGAUCCUUGUGUGGUUUUAACUCCAUCCCUCAGCUCACCCAGACAGCAAAGUGUCAGAGCUGCUCGCUGAAUACUGGAGGGAUUCUCUCUGCCUUUAAUUCUCACACCAGCACAUCUGAAGAAAAUGUAGUGGAGCUGGUCUGUGUUUGUUUCACUGAUCAAAGUCUGUGUUAAAUGUACCCAAAGUUCAAGUAAACCAUGAAUUCAUUGUCUCCUUUUCAACGGAGUCCUCUGUCAAAUUGUGUUUUUUUUUUUUUUUUAACAUUUUGUUGUUUCAGCAUGUCAUGAUUUGAAAAUAGAUGCCUGUGUGUGUUUGCCCCCAAAAUAGGCUAAACCACCACAGCUACCCCUGACACAAAUAGCUGAAAUGUUAGGUUUUUCAUCUGACAUUUUUAUGUGACUGAUCCACUGAAUUUCUUUUUCAAAGGAGAACAUGAUUUUACCCAAAUUUUCAUUUGGUCCCUGUUGCUUUAAAGUGAAUUUGUGGUAGACUUUUUAUUUAACCAAAGAUUUUUUUAGACUACCAUGAGGUGGAGGAUCCAUCCAGUGCAUUGUCUUACAAAGCAAGACAAGGCCCACUUUUUAAUAAGUCUCCUUUAUGCAAAUAGAUCAUCUACUAAUGCUUUAUAGAUCAGACAUAAGCCAUGAGUGACCCAGUUUAUGGGUUUCCCAAUUGUGAAAAAAUCCCACAGAGUGAUUGGUCCACAUGAUCACUUAUCUUGCUGAAAAGUGGCUGCAGAGGAUCUGGAUCAAAAUCCAGUUAUUAAGAACUUAUAAAACAUUUAUUGACAUAUUAUUGAGGUUACGGUAUAUUUAGAAGUGCUAAGUCAAAUGCAGCUGGACUUGCUUUGUUAUUACCAAAUAGAAAAGAUUUCCUUACAUCUCAUCCCAAAGUGUAUUCAUAUUAAAAGCUUAUAAGUGAUCUAUAAAACAUUAGUAAAUGAUGGAUUACCCAUUAAUAAAGCAAUCAGGUACAAUCUUUAUACAAGCACGGUAUUAUAAAGUGGUACUGCAAUGAUUUAUGGUUUAUUUAUAGGGUUGUUGUGAGGUAACUUUGAGUUUUAUCCUGGUGUUUUACUCUCACAAAGUUGGCUCACUUUUAGCCGAGGUGUCACCAUGGUAACCCACGCUGCAGGGCUAAUCUACCUUGAGCUAGUUCAGGCUAUCAAAAUGUAUAACACCUGCUUCCUCAUCAAUCAACUCUCUGAGAAAAUGAAGCCCUAAUUCCUGUAGGCAGUACCGUGACUAGUUGGGUGAAAGAUUGUGAUGAUUCCAUGGACCAACAGCUGGAGAGGGCACACAAAAAAAUGAAUUAGGAUUAAAAAUUAACAAAGGGGUGGGGGGCUAAAGAAAUAUUCUCUCAGGGGAACCAGAAUUCCUUCUUGGGGCCCGGCUCACAAAAUUCAGACACGAGCAGCAUUACUCCGUACAGCUGAAACUGACAAGUAACAAAGUGGAGAACAGUGUUUGGAUGAAAAACUUUAUACAGUCCCCAGUGGUUUAUAUUAGAACCACAAUGCAUGUUUGCAGCAUUUUCCAACCAUCUGUGCACUUUAGCAUUAAACUAGGACUUGAAACAAA